AGUUUACGCGCUUCUUUCGCACGAGAAAGACCUCUUCUGGGAACGCAAAAUCUCAUCAGUUUUUGGUGCAUUUUCUUUGAUAGAAUUUUCUUCAUUGAAGUUCUUUAUUCUUCCUAAAGUAAAAUAUCUAAUUAAGAAAAAAAAGUGAUAAAAAUUCUCAUUAAUAAGAGAAGAAAUCACACAAUUAGUCUUCUUUGUGCGCGGAAAAUUUGAGUUUUUUUUAGAGUGAAAAGUUUGUGCAAUUUAAGCUGAAAUUCCGUGAUGUGAAUGAUGGUGUGAUGAUGAUGUGAAAUUGAGAAGGAAAUCUUUUGUUCAUGACGAAGAGGAGGAAUUUUAUUCACCUCACACCCCCUGAAAAUUCUCGUUGAUUUGUGUGAGAAACAAUGAAAAUGUGCAGAUGUCUGAACCAUAAAGUCCACAAGUGCUAAAAAGUUGUUGGUUUCAGGAACCCCUUUUGCAUUAUUUCUCGAGUGGCGAGUUACCGAAGGAAGAAAUAUGAUAAAGAGCAUCACUCCUUUAUGUCUUUUAACCCACACUUGAGUGUUGCCUUUACGCGAUAAAAGGACUAUCUUUAGCUCCUUUUUUUUUCUCGUUGAAAAAUCUGACUUCUUGAACUCAAUCAUUAUUAUAUAACUUCAAAAAAAAACGUUGUGCAAAAGGAUAUUUCUUUGGUGUGUUGGAAAAAAGAUUUCUUGCUGUUUCUCUGUGUGUGCCACAUAUAGGAGAAAGUUUGUGAAAGAGACAACCCCCCGUGACUCGGGAGCGCCACCAAAAUGGUCAAUUGUCGCCGUGGUGUGACGUGGCAGUAAACGGCAUUGUUUCCUAGCUCUGUGGGGUCAGAGUUGAGGUCUUCUACAAUGCUGGAGUCAGCCGCAGCUGUCUCAACGUAUGACAUCUUUCCCACCGUGUCAAAUGUCUCCUCAAACUAUAGCCUCUUUGAUGGUUUCUACAAUGACACCGAUACAAGAAAUUCCACGGAAGUUGCGUACACACCGUAUGAGAAUAGACCAGAAACGUACAUUGUACCUGUCAUCUUCUUCAUUAUCUUCGUCGUUGGCAUCCUCGGGAAUGGAACACUCGUAAUCAUCUUCAUAAGGCAUCGAAAUAUGAGAAAUGUUCCAAAUACGUAUAUUCUAUCACUAGCUCUGGCUGAUUUGCUGGUGAUUCUCACAACUGUACCCCUCACUGCCACCGUUUAUGUCUUCGAUUCAUGGCUGUGGGGCUUGGAAUUGUGUACAGUGUCGGAGUUUGUCAAGGAUGUCUCCAUUGGUGUAUCAGUCUUCACUCUUGUUGCCCUAUCUGGAGAUAGAUUUUUCGCCAUUGUGGAUCCCCUGAGAAAAUUCAAUACUCACAGUGGCAAAGCAACCAAAUUAACCAUCUCCAUUGCCAUAUCUAUUUGGGUAUUAGCCAUCAUCUGUGGUAUUCCCGCCAUUGUGGGGUCACAUAUACGGGUGGUGGAUGUGAAUAAGGACGUGUCCUUUGAAGUUUGCUACCCUUACGGGCCGCCUGAGUGGGGCAAGACGUAUGGUCGUUACAUGGUGAUGGCUCGCUUUAUGAUCUUCUAUGCCAUUCCACUUCUCAUAAUUGCCAUCUUCUACGUUCUCAUUGCGCGACAUCUCUUCUACAGUGCCAGCAAUGUUCCUGGUGAGAUGCAAGGUGCAUUGCGUCAGAUAAGAGCUCGACGUAAAGUGGCCAUAGCAGUUCUAGCAUUUGUCGUAAUAUUUGGAUUAUGCUUCUUGCCAUCGCAUCUCUUUAUGAUAUGGUUCUAUUACUGUCCAACGGCUGAAGAGGAUUACAAUGCUGCCUGGCAUAUUCUUCGUAUUGUCGGCUUCUGCUUAUCUUUCGCCAACAGUUGUGCAAAUCCCGUGGCAUUGUACUUUGUCAGUGGAGUUUUUAGGAAAUACUUCAAGAGGUACUUACUGUGUCGCUUCCAAUCGGAUUCCCGGCGGAAGCAUGACGGAUGCGGUGCAACACAUAGGGAUACAUCUCUCACGAGCACCGUUUCGCGACGAUACACCUCCAGGAGGAUCUGCAACCAUCACAGCACUUUGAGAAGCAAAGUGAUGGAAACGUCCGUGACAAUUCUACCCAAUGGAGCGAGUAAUGGCAAAAAUGGGACCGAUUGAAUGUAAAUAAUUUAAAGUGAAAAAUAGUGAAGAAAAAAUACAUCCCUAGACGUAACUAUAUAGAUUGUGACAUGGAAAAUAUAUAGGAAAAAAAAUCCCAUCUUGCAAAAUUUUCCUAGAAAAUAAAAAAGCGCUUUAUCAUCACCUUUAACCCCCUCCGAAACACCAUGACUAUCAUACACCCACACUCUUAAUCUUCCCACCUACUGAUUUUUUUUGUAAAAUUUAUAAAUUAUAUUAAAUGAUAAGAAAUUGUUUCUUUUUGUAUAAAAAGUAUCAAGAAAUUAAAAAAAAAUCUUUUAUGAAUUUUUGCAGUAUUUGUGGAGGAAAUAGAAGCGAAGAAGUUAUUUUUUUAACCUUGAAGCUUUGAGCAUUAUGUUGAACUGAUAAAAAUAUGAUUUUUUAAGCCUUUGGGAAUAACAAAUGAAACACUCAAUGCUUUCAGGAAAAUGCUUUUCGUGUCUCAAAGGAAGAAAGAUGGAAAUUCAAUGCAGAAAGUCGAAUGAAAUAAAUCAUUUAAAUAUAGAGAAAAGUCACAAACAAAUACUGAACAUUUGUGAAUUAUUGAUUGAUUAGUCUACAUUUCUUUUGCUUUUAUUAUUUAUUAGACUUCCUAAAGGUAGGCGUAAUAUAUAAUUCUUUGUACUUGAAUUGAGGUGAGUUGAUAACCUGAUAGAUUGAUGAUUUUUUUGAAUUAUUUAUAACCUAAUUUUUGAAAAAGUUCUUAAGAAAAUUUAUUUUUAAAACUGAUGAUUUUUCCAAUAAUUUUCUGUUUAAUAAAUUAAUUAUUUAUUUAAUAAAUUAAAGAAACAUUAUCUAGGAUAUUUUCCCUCUCAACUCUAUUUGUACGAGUUGGAGCAAAAAAAAAAGCUUUUGAGAAUUCUUCGCACUUGAUUCCUUCACGCCAACAAUUAGGCCUAAUUGAUGGAUUGUUGUGUGAAAAAGCAGAAAAAAUAGAACAUUAGGAUUUUUUCUUUCCUUUAAUUUCCCAAAGACUUUCCCUUUUCUUGAGAACCUUUUCGGAUGUCCAUCUCGAAGGGAAAUCUACCUCACACAAUUACUUAAAAAUCCCCGAGGCAUUUUAGUACUUAAGGAUAUACAACGUUUGAGAUGCAAAAAGGAGGAUGAUGAUGGUGAGCCGUGAGAUGGAUGAUGCCCAGGAAGAUGUGGGUGUGAAUAAAUAGUCCAAUUAUGUAAAAUAAUUAGGCUGAGAUUAUCACAAGGAUGUAUAUGCCAGAACUCGACAUAAUAUGCUUGGGAAUAAUUUCCAUAAAAAACAUUUCACAAGGAUAUAAAUCAACGAAAUACAAGCCUCUUGUUCCUUUUCUUUUGCAGACUUAUUACGUCCAUAUAGUCUAGACCAUUCUCGCAUUAAUUCUACGUUUUUUUUUAUCCUUAAAAUACUCUUAAGUUCAUUUUUUGUUACUUUAUUAGAAUUAAAGAAAAUGAAGAAUAAAUUUGUGGUUUUAGUGUAAUAAGAGAGAUCAAGAAGAAGGAAAAUUAAUUUAUAUUGAGUGUGAUAAAGAGGAAAAAUCCUUUAAGAAUUUGUAUUUAUGUGUAAAAGAAUGAGAAGAUGGAGAAAUGGUAAUAAAUUUGAGAAAAUGAAAAUGCAAA